GUGUUUGUACGUGUGUUCCAGAGGUUACUAGAAUGUCAAUUCGUCCUAACAUGUUUGUCUCUGCUGAUGUUCUGGCCUUUAAUGAGGGAGUGGGAGCUGUAGAUGUCAAGCAGAGAUCUUCUCUGAUGUAGUAGGUGGUGUCAAGAAUCUGCUCAAAUCUGCAUUGUCUUCAUCCCCCUCCCACAGAUUCCCCUGCCCAUCUUCCACUUUGGCAGCUCUGCUGCUGUGCGGCUAGGGGAGACUGUCCUGGCCUUCGGGAACCCUCCACCCUACAUAUGGACCAGAACAAUGUGGAUGGUGAGCGGGAGAAGAUUGCAUGGAAGCAUCAGUGUCAUCGUGCACAGCGCCUUCACUACCAUCUCUAUUCUUAAGGAGGAAGGUGCUUUGGACAACAAGGACUGGGUUCAUCAUAACAGAUGACGGUGAUAUAAUCACCAAUGCCCAAGUCGUCCAGGGGGGCUGCAGAGUGCAGGUGGAGCUGAAGAGUGGAGAUAGAUUUGAUGCCACCAUCAGACGUGUGGAUGAGGAGGUCAACAUCGCCCUAAUCCACAUUAAUUCAUCGAUGAAGCUGCCCAUCCUGCGACUCUGCACCUCCACAGCUGUGCGGUCAGGCCAGACGUUCAUCGCUGUUGGCAAUCCUCCAGCAUUCAAAUACACUGUUACACUGGGCAUUGUAAGCCACAGAAGGCUGUAUGGGGACUACGAUAUCAUCGUCCACAGCGCCUUCACUACUGAAGAAUUCUCGGGGGGACCGCUGAUAAAUCUGAUUAUCAUCCCCCCCACCAGUCAAGGGAGCUCCUUCCUCCUUUUUAGAAGUAGGAAUAUAAUCCCAGAUAUCGUGGAUGCCACAACACCAGCAGUGGUGUCCAUAUUAUGUUUCUGGAAAUCUCUAUUCUUCAGGAGGGAGGCUUGGCUGACACGGACUGGGUUCAUAGUCACGGAUGAUGGUGAUAUAAUCACCAAUGCCCACAUUGUCUGGGAGAGCUGCAGAGUGCAGGUGGAGCUGAGAAGUGGAGAUAGAUUUGAUGCCACCAUCAAACCUAUGGAUGAGGCCGAUAUCGCCCUAAUCCACAUUAAUUCAUCGGGAGGAUUCUCGGGGGAGCCGCUGAUAAAUCUGGGAAAUGGAUUUGUUUCCACUGCUCUCAUAGAUUGUCAACCCCCACCCCAAUGUUGGAACAGGAAUGUUACAGACAUUGUGGAUGUCAUAAUGCCAGCAGUGGUGUUUAUUCCCCUGCCCAUCUUCCACUUUGGCAGCUCUGCUGCUGUGCGGCUAGGGGAGACUGUCCUGGCCUUCGGGAACCCUCCACCCUACAUAUGGACCAGAACAAUGUGGAUGGUGAGCGGGAGAAGAUUGCAUGGAAGCAUCAGUGUCAUCGUGCACAGCGCCUUCACUACCAUCUCUAUUCUUAAGGAGGAAGGUGCUUUGGACAACAAGGACUGGGUUCAUCAUAACAGAUGACGGUGAUAUAAUCACCAAUGCCCAAGUCGUCCAGGGGGGCUGCAGAGUGCAGGUGAGCGACAGCAACGUAGUUUUACUAAAACUUCCAUUUGUCAUAGUUUGAAGAACAGGAAAUAGGUCUGAUUGUGUCCUCACUGAUUUCCAGGUGGAGCUGAAGAGUGGAGAUAGAUUUGAUGCCACCAUCAGACGUGUGGAUGAGGAGGUCAACAUCGCCCUAAUCCACAUUAAUUCAUCGGUGAGAAUGUGUGCCCCUCCUGUUUGGAAUGCAAGGGGAGGGGUCACGAAGUCCAGUUCUCUUAUACAGUCAUGGGCUAAGACCACUCUGGGGAAGAAAGCCGUCUCUUUAUUCCUGUUUGAAAAGGAUCUGUGUCGCCACCUAGAGGGCAGUAGAGGUGAUGUCCUAGGUGGAAGUUGUCUCUUGUGAUGUUCUGGCCUUUACUGAGGGAGUGGGAGCUGUAGAUGUCAGGCAGAGAUCUUCUCUGAUGUAGUAGGUGGUGUAAAAAAAACUGCUCAAAUCUGCACCGUCUUUGUCUUCAUCAUCUCCCACAGAUGAAGCUGCCCAUCCUGCGACUCUGCACCUCCACAGCUGUGCGGUCAGGCCAAUCGGUCCUAGCUUUCGGCAACUCUCCCUCCAUGAAUGGGACCGUCACUAUGGGGAUAGUGAGUGGAAGACGGUCCCUAAGAGGAAACAUGAUACAGCACAGCGCCGUGAUCACUGUGAGCCCCCACUGUGGUGUCCGUGAAGAUCGUUCAGAACUUACUGACUGAAGCUUCUGCCUCUUUUCUUUUAGGGAGGAUUCUUGGGGGGGCACUUGUUACUAUGGUGAGUGAUUCUCAUCUGAACAGAAGCUGGAUUCUGACAUUCAGAUUAUAAUAAGAUAAUAUUAACUAUAACAAAUAAGUGUAGUAAUAGAUAUCCAUUUUGAAC